GUGCGCCUCACCGUUAUCACGUUAACAUCUCUCAACUAUAAAACUUUCUUUGCAAAGAUGUCUUGGUCAACGGUGUUCCUGGCUGUGGUCUUGUUAACAACCCAGACGACGUCUGCGGAUAGACCACAGAGACCGAGAGGAGUGGUUAGCGGCACCACUACAGGUGGUUCUACACCAACCUAUGGAACCCAAGGCUCUACCGGAGGACAAGGCUCCACCUUUGGCACUGGUCAGGGCUCUACCGGAGGACAGGGUAGCACCUUUGGCACUGGUCAGGGAUCUACCGGAGGACAGGGUCCCACCUUUGGCACUGGUCAGGGCUCUACCGGAGGACAGGGUAGCACCUUUGGCACUGGUCAGGGAUCUACCGGAGGACAGGGUAGCACCUUUGGCACUGGUCAGGGCUCUACCGGAGGACAGGGUAGCACCUUUGGCACUGGUCAGGGCUCUACCGGAGGACAGGGUAGCACCUUUGGCACUGGUCAGGGCUCUACCGGAGGACAGGGUAGCACCUUUGGCACUGGUCAGGGCUCUACCGGAGGACAGGGUAGCACAUUUGGCACUGGUCAGGGCUCUACCGGAGGACAGGGUAGCACCUUUGGCGCAGGUGGGGUCUUUGGCGGCGGUGUGUUUGGCUCAGGUCUCGGCAGUGGUCAGGUCAGGCGGGUGGAGGCCUUGAUCACGCCCACUGUUACCCAUACUGUCACUGUGGACAGGUUUGUGACCUUGACUGACCUGGCUUUCCACAGCGUGGCGGUGACCCUGACAGCCCUUGGAGUCGAGACGGUCACCGUCACUAACUUGGAGGUGGUACAAACUCCCGUCGACGACCGCGUCGCCCUCCAGACCACGGUAGUUAUCAAGCCUACUUCGGUCACCGUCACUUGUGUUAAGUCUGACUUCAGGCUGGUGACUGAGGUUGCGGUAGACCACGUCACCAUCACCCACACCUCAUACGUCAUUCAUCAGACCACCGUCACCACCCUCGUCACACAGACACUGACCUACACCUCUACUCUGGUGAGGACCGUCAUCAACACUCAGAGGACGACCUUCACGGACAUCCACACCAUCACCGACACAGUCCUCGUCCCUCUCGCCUACAACUAGAUGUGACCAACCUUCACUCGUACAUAUUUAACGUCCAAGACAUUGUAAAUUUAAACAAUAAAUAAUGCUGCAAAAUUA